UAGCUCAAGAGAUAAAUGAAUUAAAAAUAAUUUUAAAAUCUUUAGCAACAACCGCAGAAAAAUUAGCUAAUGAUCGUUUACACAAACAAAAUGUACUCAAGGAAAUCUUAAACAAUACUGGUAUAGACGUUAGCACCACAAAUGAGCCUGAUAUGCAAACUGUAAAUACGAGUAUAUCAAAUAUAAUAAAGUCAUCUAAAAGUGUUCAGUUUUCCAAUAAACCUAAAAGUGAAAUAGUGUCUGGAAUAAAAAUAAAAAAAGGACCAAAACAUAAACAUUCCAGUAAUUUUAAUUCAAAUCUUGUAAAGAGAAAUACCUCGUAUAAUAUCAUAGACAGUGAAUCUAUAAUAAAAGUAACAGAUAUGACUUUAGCUCCACAAGGGUGCACAGAAUCAACAGUAGAUGAAGCUGUCACUUGCUCAUUACCAAUAUCGAAAUCAGUAUUUAAAUUUGAAAUUGGACCGGAGAAAAAUAAGUUGCUAGCAUACUAUUGUGAUGAAGAAAAAAUGCACAAUAUCUGUCAACAUCACAACCCAUACCGUUCAAUUUCAAAUGGGAAUGGAUGUCAAAAAGUAAAGCAACUUUGUAUGCUUUCAAAAUACAAUCAAGACAUAGGCUGUAAUUAUGAACCAGAGUUUACACCAACAAAUGAUGAUUGCGAGCUGUGUGAUAAUUCCAGUUCAUCCAUUUGUAUAGAUAUUGAUAGUAAUUCGUUUGAUAGAAAAUUAACGAUAAGGCACAAUUCUGGAAUGGGUUUCUGGGAAGGAUGUUUUUACUGUCUGCUGUUAUGGAUACCACUAUUAUUAGUUUCGUGGUUGUUUUAUGUCCAUGUGAUAAGAGAUUUACUCAGGCAAAAAAAUGAUUUACUGCGGAAGUUUUCUUUAGGUGCGCGUUUUAAGCCGAAUACGCCUUCCGCAGAUUUUCCCAUACCUCUUGCUGAUUUAGGGUUUUAG